AUGCCCGGUUCAUCCAUUCUGAUUGGAAUUCUUCCUUUGACCAACUCACGCCACAUCUUUGCUCAGAAGCCUAAAACCAUCACAUACAACGGGGAGGUCUAUCUUGGCCUUUCUGAGGAUGGUUCUCCUUGCUCGGCUCAAGCCGUUGUACAUUACUUCGUAGCUCAAGCAAAUAUGGAUCUGCUUGACAACAGGUUGUAUUUUGUUGUAGGCAAAGCUGCCUCUGUACGCGAAAACACCUGCGUCGGUGAAGGCAACUCUACGGAAGAUUAUGAUAUUGAAAUUGAUGCAAUGAUGUCCUUGCAGUUACAAGAGAUGCCAUCCGAUACUGCACCAAUGCGGCCAGUUGUCAUCAUAGCUGGAGUGUCUGGUCAGAAGUCUUCCAAUCACGCAUUUCAUCUCAACAUAAACCAAUAUGUUGCUGGUGACACUCAUCUUGCAUCCUAUAUUUGCUCAUAUCCACCUGACAACAAAUGGUUCCAAUCUCUUGGCAUCCCGAAACUUGGUUCCACGAUUGUUGUCACUGGUUUCAUUGUAUCCGAACCUGUUUCUGAUCACGGUGGUGCCAUCAAACGGCUCCCCUUGGAGGUAAAAGAACUUGCGUUCCUGACGUCAGACUCUGCUCCUUCUCCUGCAAAAGGGAAAAGCACGAAGUGGAAUUGGGGGAAUAAGUCCCCAUCCAAGUCCACCACUAAUGACCACACUACUUCUUCCCCGUCGAAGUCUGUCACCGAAGAUACACAGUUUUCUCUUUCCAAGCAUGCGCAUGAAGAUACUCACUCUGAUGGUGCAGAAGAUGAUCCACAUCCAGCCAAACGUGCAGCUACUGCGAAACCAGGCAAGGCCACGAGGAGUAAGGGCAAGCAAAAAGCUGCCACAAAUACCCCUGCAAGAGAGAAUGAUGGUGUUAAAGUGAAACACGAAUUUAUUGAGGGUUGUUCUGGCAGCCCCCUCAGCGAAGUCGAUUAG